CAAAACCAGAGCGCUGGACAACAUGGAGUGUGCAACGAGAUUUUUCUAAAUUUAUUUACAAUAGGAAAACUAUAAAAAUAAUGUCUAUCUCGGCCGUAUUAGUCUGUUUUCAAUGACGUUACACCCAGAACCGAUCAUGUCUUCCAAAAGUGAAUUGAAAAAGUUAUCUGAAGAGAGUUUGACGAGACAACCAGAAGAGGUUUUUGAUAUAAUAUGUAAGUUGGGUGAGGGCUCCUACGGGAGCGUUUAUAAAGCUUUACAUAAAGAAUCCGGACAGGUGCUUGCAAUUAAACAAGUACCUGUAGACACCGACCUCCAAGAAAUAAUAAAAGAAAUUUCUAUAAUGCAACAAUGUGACAGUCCGUAUGUUGUGAAAUAUUAUGGGAGUUACUUCAAAAACACCGACCUUUGGAUUGUUAUGGAAUAUUGUGGAGCUGGUUCUGUAUCGGAUAUAAUGCGCCUACGAAAGAAAACGUUAAGCGAAGACGAGAUUGCAACCAUUUUAUGUGAUACACUUAAAGGUUUAGAAUAUUUACAUCUGCGGAGGAAGAUACAUAGAGAUAUUAAAGCUGGGAAUAUUUUAUUAAAUUCUGAGGGACAUGCCAAACUUGCCGACUUUGGAGUUGCGGGACAAUUAACUGAUACCAUGGCUAAAAGAAACACCGUUAUUGGUACACCGUUCUGGAUGGCACCAGAAGUUAUUCAAGAAAUUGGUUACGAUUGUGUCGCGGAUAUUUGGAGUUUAGGUAUAACAGCGCUAGAAAUGGCGGAAGGUAAACCUCCCUAUGGCGAUAUUCAUCCAAUGCGAGCUAUUUUUAUGAUACCAACAAAACCACCGCCAUCAUUUCGCGAACCGGACAAAUGGAGCCCUGAAUUUAUUGAUUUUGUUAGUUUAUGUUUGGUUAAAAAUCCAGAUCAACGAGCUACAGCCACAGAUCUUCUUCAGCAUGAAUUUAUCGGUAACGCAAAAGCUCCAAAUAUUCUUAGCACAAUGAUAGCCGACGCGCAUUUAAUCCGAGAAAAUCAACACCGCAAUACUAAUAUUGCUAUCGGAGCUAAACCAAAUACUAAUGAAGAAUCUGAUGAAGAUUUAGCUGUCAGCCAAACGAUGGUUAAUUGUACGGAUGAUGGUACAUUAAUUCCUAGUAAAGGAGGAACAUUAGUUAAUAUGUCACCUAGCGGUACUUUGGUUGAACUACAAUCGGAUUUAGGAACAAUGGUGAUAAAUAAUGAUGUAGACGAACAAACAAUGAAAAGACACGAUACUGGUUCAGCACAAGGAAAAAAAUACAGACCACUAUUUCUAGAACAUUUUGAUAAGAAAGAAGCGGAAAUUAAACAGGGUAACGGCGUCACGACACCACAAACAUUAGACAGCACCGGUGAUGUUAACGCCGAUGAACAACAAAGGUUUCAAAGUCACUUUCAUUUACAAAUAGUGCCAUCCCCUCAAGCGGUUCAACAACCGGAAGUACGACCAAAUUUUCAACGACCAUUUUCAGAUGGCGAUUUUGAAUUUUUAAAAUUUUUGAGUUACGAAGAAUUACAACAAAGAAUGGCGAUAUUAGAUGCAGAAAUGGAGAGGGAAAUAGACGAGUUAAGAAGACGAUAUCAAACUAAAAGACAACCUAUCUUGGAAGCGAUGGAUACGAAACGCAAACGACAGCAGAACUUUUGAGCAAUGUUUGUGGUUCCUUUGCGGUGCUCAAAAAAUUAAGGAAAAAAAAAGAAAUCGAAAGAUUGAAAAAAAAAAAAACUUGACAAAAAAAAGAUUUGUUUCUUUCGUGCUAUCUUAAAUACUAUUUCUUAUUAUAUCGUUUGUUAUUUUCGAUAGUUUUUAAUAUCAUUAGCCAAAUAUAAUUCUAGUUCUUAGUGCCACCGAAAUAAUUCUCUCGGAAAGUCAGUAUUUAUAUCAUCACACGUCAUGGGAUUGUGUUGUUUUUUUUAUUUUAAUUAAUUUAAAAGAAUAAUUAAAGGGGGAACGAGAAACGUUAAAAGAAAAUUCAAGUCAGGGAGUAAUUAAUACGUUCCUAAAUGUACUUAAUGGGUUCCAUUUAUUAUUCCCACAGAUAUGCAUAUAAUAAUGAACCAAACAAAAAAAAAAGCAAAAAAACAAAUCGGUAGUCUUCUUCAUCUCGUUUUAAUUGUUAUUACUUUUUUUUCUUUUUGAAUCUCUGUGUUUUGUGCAAUAAGUUUUGUUUUUGAGUACCUAACCCACUGCCUUGGAUAAAAUGAAAAUAAUAAAAAAGCCUAGACGUCGAGAAUAGAGCCUAUUUCGAAUACCUCUGACAAAGUGUAAGACGUCUAUCGUGUAAAUAAAUUAAGACUGUUCCAUCGUUUCUUUUUUACCACGUUCGAUUCUGUGCAAAUUGUUAACUGAAAGUAUUUUUUUAAAAGCCAUCUUGUAUAUAUGUCCAUAUUUUUAUAGGACCUCAAUAGCAAUAAAAAAAAUUAAAAUGAAAUAGAAACUGUUUAGGAAAAAAUUUUUAACAGUAUUUUUCCGAAAAAAACUACCAUUGACAUUUUCUAUUUUGCAGUUAGGAGAAGAAACUUUUUCACGCAUAUUCGAUUGUGAUUAUUUUCGAAUCGAAAAAUAAAUCUUGUUAAAACUAA